UUAAUGAUUGUACAUUGUCUAGCUCAUACCUAUGUCGUGUAUAUAUAUAUUUGCUCACACAUAGUUCAAAUCAAGCCUCUCCAUCUUCAAGCAAAAAUGGCUUCUCUUUUGUUAACAGUUUCACUUCUCUUUGCAGCUCUCUCUUAUCCUCUUGUAGAGGCUGCUUAUUAUAGUAAUAGUUAUUACACCACCCCAAAACCAUUACUAAACCCAAUCGAUUCUUGCUGGCGUAGAAACCCUAACUGGGCAUCUAACCGCCGCGCUCUAGCCGAUUGCGCGGUUGGGUUCGGUAAAGCCGCAAUAGGGGGCAAAUACGGGUCAGUCUACGUGGUUACAAACCCAUCGGACAACCCUGAAAACCCUAGACCCGGAACCCUACGGCACGCCGUGAUUCAAUCUAAACCGCUAUGGAUCACAUUCGCACGUGACAUGGUCAUAGUGUUGCAAAACGAGCUCAUCAUGAACAGCUACAAGACUAUCGACGGAAGAGGAGCCAAGGUGGAAAUCGCAUACGGGGCAUGCAUAACGGUCCAACAUGUGAACCAUAUCAUUAUACAUGGGAUAAGUAUCCAUGAUUGUAAACCGGGUAAGUCGGGUCGGGUGCGCAGCAGUCCGACCCAUAUUGGAAGUAGGAAAGGAUCGGACGGUGACGCAAUCGCCAUAUUUGAUUCUUCACAUAUUUGGAUCGAUCAUUGCUUCUUUUCUCGGUGUCAAGAUGGUUUGAUCGAUGUGCUUCAUGCUUCGACGGCCGUCACUAUUUCUAAUAAUUACUUCACACAGCACGAUAAAGUGAUGUUGCUCGGGCAUAAUGACAAUAAUGUGGAAGAUAGGAUUAUGCGAGUUACAAUUGCAUUCAACCAUUUUGGACCGGGUCUCAUUGAGAGAAUGCCUAGAGUAAGGCUAGGGUAUGCGCAUGUAGCUAACAAUAGAUACGAGAAGUGGCAAAUGUAUGCAAUCGGAGGAAGUGCUAAUCCAACUAUCUUCAGCGAAGGCAACUACUUCGUUGCUUCUGAUGACCUUAGCAAAAAACAGGUGACAAAGAGAAUAGAAAGCGGAUAUGAUUCGAAAAGGUGGAAAUGGAGAACAUCAAAAGACGUUUUCAAGAACGGAGCUUACUUCGUGCAGUCUGGAUACGGAACCGUCACGCCGUUGUACGAAAGAGCAGAGUGGUUUCCGGUGUCCCACGGCUCUCUCGUCCCUUCUCUCACUUCCUCCGCCGGCCCUCUCCGUUGCUACUCCGGCAGGACUUGCUGAUUAUUUAUAAUAUUCAUAAACAUGUUUUGUUUUUGUGUUUUUUUCUUUCAACAUCGAGGCGGAAUUCCUGUAUCUGAGGUGUAUUAUGUGAAUUCUUCUUACCCGGGACGGAAUUCAAAUUUAUGGAGGAUCGAUUUUUUUUUUUUUAAAGUUUUUCUUUUUGAAGUUUGUUUUUAUAAAGACUUGUAUAAUUCAGUAAUGUAUCUUUUAAUCCAAAACUUGAGUUGCAUAAUUAUAAAAUUUGAAGUUUAUAAUGUGAAGAGUGUAAAUAUAUGAUGGGUAUGAUGAUAUUUUUUAUACGAAACGACAAUAAACAGAACUGUUAGAUUCAAGUUUAUUAUGGCUUCCAAUUUAAAACUAAUUGGUAAUAAGUGGAUUGGCCAUAACUAUUUAUAUAGUAGUAAAUUAAUUUUUAUAUUUCCGAUGUGGGAUGUUUUUUUAUCAAUAUCCUCCCUCACGCUCAGACAUCUAGGUCUGAAACAUGGACAAUGUGGGAAUAACAUUCACAAAGGGUCCAACAUCGGUAUAGUAGUAGUACUUGUAGUCAAAUGAU